GCGACACUAGGUGCCCUCAGUUGCAUAACUAUGAAAUCCAUAGAGAGAUGGCACCACUGUUGCCCGGGUAUAUAUAUGGGUGCUCGCAUGAAUAAAGGGUCUUGCGUCUGGUGUGAUAUGGGUUGACAUCUGUCUCGUUCUUCUGCUGGCCAACACUACAAUUUGGCGACGAGGAUGGGAUCCGCUGCACUUUCGCCGCCGCCGCUAUUCCUCGCUACCCCGGGCACUCCAGCCAUUCCAUGGCCCCGCUGGAUACGCCUCUUCGAGAACUUCCUUCUCGCGUCUGGAGCUGCCGACCUGCCUGCGUCCCGCCGCCGAGCUCUUUUGCUACACUGCUUGGGGCCGGAAGGACAACGCAUCUUCGAUGCACUCCCAUCGCCAACUGCGCCGAACGAAGCUGCUUCAGCCGCGCUCUCCGAGCAAGACGCCACAGCGACUAGUUCCCCAGACACAUACGACGUGGCCCGCGAGACGCUGGUCGACAUUUCGCCGACACGCGCAACGUUCGGCUGGAACGCAACCACUUCCGCGAACGCCGUCAGCUACACGGUGAGUGCAUCUCUGACUUCGCCCUCGCGCUUCGAGAACUGGCUGCCUCUUGCAAUUUCGGCGAGCAAGCAAACGAAAACAUGUGCGAUCAGUUCAUCACUGGCGUUGCAUCUCCGCAGUUACGUUCACGAUUGUUAUUGGAAGGAGACGCACACUUUCGAUCGUGCCGUCGAAAUUGCGCUACUUCGUGAGCGAGCUCAGCUCGAGUCUGAAGCCUUUGCUAACCCCAUUCAGCGCAUCAUACAACAGCCACGCCAACGUGACGCUUUUGGAAUGGCCAGACAAAAUAACCGGCGUUUCAGCGACAAUGGCACGCGCGUCCCAAGGCAAGCCCGCGUUCGUCAUGCUCUCCCGCCAACUUCAGACGCGGCCACCGCCGUUGUUCCGUACAGCGGAAAUUCAGGUGUCUGCGGUAAUUGCGGCACAGCAGGUUGCGAGCCGUCUGUGUGCCCCGCUCGCGGUAAGACCUGCUUCGCAUGCGGCCGCUGUGGCCACUUCAUGCGAGUCUGCCGUAGCAGCCGCAGCGCACGAGGACGACGCCCGGCUCGCGUCCGCGAAGUAGUUUCUGAACAGGACACGUCAGACGCCAUCAGCAUUCUCACUGUUUACGAAGAUAAGCCCACGGGUGUCUACAUUGAAGUGGCACUCACGCCAAUCAACUCCAAAUCGCAACCGCGCGUUGUGAUGUUCUUGGUCGACACUGGAUCCGCUGUGUCAAUUAUACGGGAACAAGAAUUCCGAAGCGUGUUCGAAGACAGCAUACAAUUGACCAGCUCUAAGCUUACUUUGUUGGACUUCCAACGCCGGAAGAUUCCUGUGCUGGGACAAUUUAAAGCUGGAAUCUCGUACAAGGAAAAAGCGGCCGUUAUAGCAAUUCAUGUCGCACCCAGAGGGACUUCUCUUCUUGGUCUGGACGCUGUGCAAGCUCUAGAGCUACAUAUUGUGGGUGCACAGCUACGUUGCCUGCACACGGCUGCCGAAGAAGGUUCAGGAGCCAUGCUGGACGGAACAGCCAAAACGGCACAGGAACAGCACAGCCCGCUAAGUCCACCAAAGUUCGGUAUGCCAGCUUUGCUAUGGGCAAAAUUUUGCCAUUUGUUCUCACCAGGCCUUGGACUUGCCAAGGGCAUUCAGCACAAUGUCAAGAUAAAGUCGUCAGCCUCUCCAGUCGUGCAAAAGCUCAGACGUUUGCCACUUUCUCUGCGCAAGCCGGUUAGCGACCAGCUUGAGCGUCUUCUUUCUGAUGAUGUCAUUGAAAGGGUUAACGCUUCCGAGUGGGUUUCUCCUAUAGUUGUAGUCCGCAAGAAGGACGACAGUAUCCGCCUCUGCGUUGACUUAAGAGAGCCUAACAAAGCGAUUGUCGUCGACAGCUUUCCCUUGCCCCAUACGGAAGAGCUUCUACACUCUCUAAAUGGAGCACGCCACUUUUCAAAGCUCGAUUUAGCUUCUGCCUAUUACCAGGUGCUGCUUCACCCAGAUAGCAGAGACCUCACUGCUUUCAUUAAGCACGAUGGCCUUUUUCGUUUCAAAAGGGUGUGUUUCGGACUGGCAUCAGCCCCAGCUGCGUUUCAACAACUCAUGACAACGGUCCUGCGAGGCUGCAAAGGGGUACUGUGCUACCUAGACGACAUCAUUAUCUUUAGCAGGACUGAAAAAGAGCAUUUGAGAAAUCUGGAGCAAGUUCUUCAACGAAUCACUGAAGCUGGACUUAAGCUCAAUGAUAAAUGCGUGUUUAAUGCAUCGGAGUUACCAUUUCUUGGGCAUCGCGUCAGCUCGGAAGGAAUAGCUCCCCUUCAAGCCAAGGUUGAUGCCAUUGUUCACGCUGCCACCCCCACAGACACAAGCAUGCUGCGUUCAUUUUUGGGCUUGGUUGAGUACUAUGCUAAGUUUAUUCCCCACCUGGCUGAAGAAGUAGAACCUAUGCGUAGGUUGCUUCGUAAGGAUGUACAUUUUGAAUGGGAUGACGCUGCCGAAAAGAGCUUUGCCAGGGUAAAGAAGCUGCUAUCAUCGCACAAGAUACUGCAAAUGUUCGAUCCGACGCUCCCCGUUAUUGUGGCCACAGAUGCGUCUGCUUAUGGCCUGGGAGCAGUACUACAACAGGCUCAUGGCCCACACACUCGGACUGUUGCAUUCGCAUCCCGAACUCUGACAGAAACGGAGCGGAAGUACUCAGCGGGAGAGCGGGAGGCCCUGGCGUGUCUGUGGGCAUGCGAAAAAUGGCACACUUAUCUCUGGGGACGACCAUUCACGUUGGUAACGGACCAUCAAGCCCUAGUAUCUCUACUUUCGACACAAAGCACAGGACAGCGACCACUUCGCAUCACAAGGUGGACCGCUCGUUUGCUUCGUUACAAUUUCACAGUUCAGUACAGACGUGGAGAAUACAACAAGGUAGCAGACGCUUUGUCCCGGCUGCCUGUUCCAGACACAGAAGAUGGCCUUCAGAUUGAAGAGGAAGUUGUGUCUCUGGUCACAUCUUCAGUUCAUGUCAAUGACCUUCGACUUGCUACAGCCGAGGAUUGCAAACUCCAGGAGGUUGUUCAUUUUGUUCAGACAUCAUGGCCAGCGAAGAAAUAUUUGACUGCUGAACUGACUCCUUACUAUGAGGUCCGGGAGGAAUUGUCAAUAGCAGAUGGUCUGCUUAUGCGCUCGGAGCGUAUUGUGGUUCCAGCCAAGCUCACUGCUACGUUUAUUCAGCUUGCCCAUGAAUCGCACCCGGGAAUUGUGAAGACCAAGCAACGUCUUCGUGAAAAGUACUGGUGGCCAGGUCUGGACAAACAAGUAGAGACUGCCAUCCGAAACUGCACGGUCUGUCAGUUGGCAGACAAAAGUGCUAAGAGCUAUUCCACUCCACUACAGCCAGUGGCCCUUCCAGAUAAACCUUGGAGCAAGAUAGCUAUUGAUAUUGUGGGCCCAUUUGAGCGUGCACCAGCCGACUGCCGUUUCGUUAUAUCGGUUGUUGAUUAUUUUUCCAAAUGGCCAGAAGUUGCUUUCUGCAGGGAUGUGUCUUCCACUAAAGUGAUGGACUUCCUCCUGUCAAUAUUUGCACGAGAAGGCUACCCCGACGAACUGGUCUCGGAUCAUGGACCACAAUUUACAUCCCGAGAAUUCGAGUCCUUUCUUCAAGACAGGGGCAUCAAGCACAGCUUCUCGGCUGUGUAUCACCCACAGGCAAAUGGACAGGUGGAAAGGUUCAACCGUGUGCUCAAAUCUUAUAUUCAGUUGGCCUUGCUAGAGCAGCGACCAGUGAAGAACACCGUUACAGAGUACUUGGGGAUCUUCAGAGUUACUCCUCACAGUACCACUGGCCUUUCUCCUGCAGUGCUUCUGCAUGGCCGGCACAUCAGGACAUCCUUGGACAUCAUCGGACAUCCCACCUCUAGCUUCUUCACGGACCCCGCUCUGGAGAUGUCCUCACUUCGGAAGAGGGUGAAAGAGCACCAGCGCAAAAACAAAGUGUACGCUGACCGACGAAGAGCAGCCCGAGUACCGCAGUUCCAAGUUGGGAAGUAUGUGCGCAUUAAGAAACCAACUCCUGGUCCGAAAGGUACUCCCAGCUUUGGACCUCCAAUGAAGAUCCUUAAGCGCAUCGGGCGUUGGUCCUUCUGCCUGGAAGACGGGCGAACUUGGAAUGCCUCACAGCUGACUGCAGUCCCAACGGGAGCAUCGCCACAACGUGCGGUACGAUGGGAUGACGACUACCAAACUGCGCCGCUACAUGGAGCACAAGCCUCUGCGCUGCCAAGUCCACGGACACCUGCCAGAACCUCUGGACAGUUGGAGCUAUCCCCGUCGAUAUCUUCAGAUCCAUCACAGCCACAGGGUCCAGUACGUGCAAGCCUUGCUUCAGAAGAUGGUGACAGUGCUUCCGUUGUCAUCGAAACUGCUGGCGAGCCGGCAGCGUUUCGUCGGUCCACAAGAGACAGAAGACCACCGGCAAGGUUGCAGGACUAUGUGCUUGGAUAUAAACAUUGACUGGCUUGUGAAUAUGUCUGUAUUAAGGAAGGGGUAGAUGUAGUGUCGUAGGGCGACACUAGGUGCCCUCAGUUGCAUAACUAUGAAAUCCAUAGAGAGAUGGCACCACUGUUGCCCGGGUAUAUAUAUGGGUGCUCGCAUGAAUAAAGGGUCUUGCGUCUGGUGUGA